AGUAAAUUUUCUACCUAUUUGGUCGUAUCGAACGGAAUAAACCGUUUUAUUACUCCACGCCGUUAAAAAACGUACUUUUCUAUUUGCCUUUGAUAUUGUUGCAGUUUUAGUAUAUUUCGCAACUGCCGUCUUCGGAUUUUCGGAAAUAGAUGUCCUGGCCUUGUAUUUGGACGAGCAUUUUCCGUUGUUGAGAAACGUUUUGGUAGUUUUCGGCUUUGUGCACUAUUUUCUGCUAAUCCCGGUGCUAUCUAUUCCGAAUUUAAUAGUCUAUUACGGCUUGCAUAUAGCCUACAGACUUGACAUGCUCUGUGUUCUCGCAGGUCGCCUAACCAAGGACUUCGAGUACUUAGAGUUGGAGACUCUCAUCAAAAAUGAAUAUCAACAAAUGAUUUCGGAUCGGAUAACAUUCAUAAGUAGACAAUAUUCAAACUUGAGGAGGAUGGAUGAAACUUUGCAAAACGGAGCCCAAGUCAAUACGAUCGCAAUACCGACACUGGUGAGCGGUCUCUACUUAAGUUUUGGAGUGAUUGCAUUUAUAUUUUCGGACUUUUCAUCGAAAACGCCGCUUCAGUUGCUAGUGGGAAUUUACCAGCUGUUGGUAUUAGCCGUCAUCGAAGAUUUCGUUUGCAGCUGUGCCCAGGAGUAUCAGGACAGGUUUGAGAAAGUAUAUCUAGAAAUUUGCAAGUGGAACUAUUGUUCAUUUAAUGUCAAGAACAUGAGACUGUACGCUCUGUUGUUGACACUGACCCAAACUCCUCCCACAUUCAAUUUGAUAUAUACCACUGCCGUCUCUAGACAAUUUGAAUUGCAGGGAAGAGCUCCACCAAGGAGUCAUCCCCGCCUUAUGUUCCUCUGUCUUAGGGCAGCUCUUCUCGAAAGCCCGUAUCAUAGCGGAGCAGACGCGGUCGGCGGCCUCGUCAAUCUCCUCGAAUGUCUGGUGUUUUCUUGGUAA